CCACCCUUGCUGGUAUAACCGUAACCCCACGUUUCUCCUCUAUAAAACGGGGCGUACAAAAAGCCCCGGUAGUCCGCGAGCCGUCGGGCCACGCGAUUUGGACGCCCGAACAAAAUUCCUUUACUCACUAGCCCAGUUUGAGUGGGCUAAAUAACCAGGUGCUUGUGUGCGUGCCACUUGGGUGUCCUUUAUCGGACACCUGAGGACCGGUCCCCCGGCAGCAGUAGUUGCGGGGAGCAACCCUAAUCUACAACUCCCCCUGGAAUAUUUUUAAAAAUUGAUGGUUGAUAUGUUGUGACUGAGCAAAAAUAUCGGUUGUUGCGACAACGAGCUGAGCGACCCCAGUGAAGAGUAAAGAGCGAACUGUGCAGCAUUAAGAAUUACAAGGAUUAUAGUUACUGCUUCGAGGAUCAUAAUCAGGCGUGGAUUACUACAAGACUGUUCGUACGGUUGGUCCGCGAUAUUAGCAUCACAAUCACAGCCUGUCUGCCUACCGCAGUCGCCAUGAGACCCUCAUGGCUCCUGGCGGUAUUGGCAGCGUAUGCGCUCCAAAGCGCUUCAGCAGAACUUCAACUGUACCCGAUUCGCAUAGACCCGAUAGGUCUUCAACAAUAUAAUGAAAUCGUUACCCAUGCGCAUCAUCUACAGAAGCGCAGCGCCACAAAAUUGGGUACUCGCGAUGCCGGAAAUUGGUGGGUAGAUUGGUGGAGAAACCACAUUCGCGACUCGGAAGAUUCACAGUCGGUACCAUAUGCCGCAGCCAACGAUCCCAGUGAACCAACCGGCGAGUCGACAGAUUUGGUUGAGGACAACACGAUUGAGCCAUCCUACCCCACCGUUCCUCCAAAGCGGCCCAACAACUACAGCCCUUCGUUUAGGCCCGCUCCACAGCCGUUUCGGCACCCGAGUCCAACUGUGCCACCAAAUCGUCCUAUUCCCAACUAUCAACCUCCCCCGCCGGCUUUCCGUCCAGCUCCACCUUCUCCGCCGCCACCGCUUUAUCGACCACCACUCAUACCACCUAUUCCUAGCUACCAGCCUCCACCUGCCCCACCUAGGCCAUACUCACCAGCGCCAGUACAUUAUCCUGCUCCCCCUCCUUCUCCUUCUCGAACAGUGCCACCCAGAAGGCCUAAUAACUAUACUCCUUCUGUAAGACCUGCGCCUCCCCCGAUUCCCAGACCUGCGCCUCCGCCGGCACCCAGACCUGCACCCUCGCCGGCACCUCCACCUCUGCCUCCCCUUGUACCAAGCCCAACAGCACCUCCUACUAAACCAAUUUAUCAACCCCUUCCUCCAGCUCCAGCGCCACCUUCUCCUGCGCCGGCGCCCAGCCCUGCACCACCACCACCACCUCCACCGGCACCUGUGCCAGCACCGCAGCCAGUUCCGCCUCCAGCUCCCAGACCACCCCCUCCUCCUCCACCGAUACCAACACCAGUGCCAACAGUUCCUCCUACUGUACCACAACCACUUCCGCCUGCUCCAAGGCCACCUCCCCCUCCACCGGUGCCAAUACCUAUUCCGCCCGCACAAGUUCCGAGCCUACCACCCCCUCCUCCUGCACCAAGGCCGCCUCCACCAGCUCCGAGCCUACCGCCCCCUCCUCCUGCACCAGUGCCAACAAUUCCCCCUAGUGGACCACAACCGAGCUAUCAGCCGCCACUUCCGCCGGUACCUACACCACUUCCACCACUACCCCCGGCGCCCAUACCUCCGCCGCCUCCCCCGGCACCUAGGCCUCCACCACCUCCCCCGGAACCUAGGCCUCUACCACCUCCCCCGGAACCUAGGCCUCUACCACCUCCCCCGGAACCUAGGCCUCUACCACCUCCCCCGGAACCUAGACCUCCACCACCUCCCCCGGCACCAAGGCCAGUGCCAACAAUUCCCCCUAGUAGACCACAGCCAAGCUAUCAGCCGCGC